GAAGACUGAGCGGUGUGGUUGCGUUGUCGACCUCGAGCAGCAGUUGGCUUCUCCACGUAGAACUCUGGAGUAGGAGAUUCAGAAUCGAAUCUCUUCUCCCUUCCCCCUCCUGUGAGAUUUUUUUUGAUCUUCAGCUACAUUUUUCGGCCUUGUGAGGAACCUUAUCAUCAAAGAAAAUGGCCAGCAAUGUUACCAACAAGACAGACCCUCGCUCCAUGAAUUCCCGUGUAUUCAUUGGGAAUCUCAAUACUCUUGUGGUCAAGAAAUCUGAUGUGGAGGCAAUCUUCUCAAAAUACGGCAAAAUUGUUGGUUGCUCUGUCCAUAAGGGCUUUGCCUUCGUUCAGUAUGUUAAUGAGAGAAAUGCCCGGGCUGCUGUGGCAGGAGAGGAUGGCAGAAUGAUUGCUGGCCAGGUUUUAGAUAUUAAUCUGGCCGCAGAGCCAAAAGUGAACAGAGGAAAAGCAGGUGUGAAACCAUCUGCAGCGGAGAUGUACGGCUGCUCUUUUGACUUGGACUAUGACUUUCAACGAGAUUAUUAUGACAGGAUGUAUAGUUACCCAGCACGUGUUCCUCCUCCUCCUCCUCCUAUUGCUCGGGCUGUAGUUCCUUCAAAACGCCAGCGUGUAUCAGGAAACACCUCACGAAGGGGCAAAACUGGCUUCAAUUCUAAGAGUGGACAGCGAGGAUCUUCUUCCAAGUCUGGAAAGUUGAAAGGUGAUGACCUUCAGACCAUUAAGAAGGACUUGACCCAGAUAAAACAAAAAGUGGAUUCUCUACUGGAAAGCCUGGAAAAAAUUGAGAAAGAACAGAGCAAACAAGGAGCUGGAGUUGAUCAAGGAUGAUGAAAAAGAGGCUGA